CUCCCACUGCAACAUUCCCGUCCCUUUUCCCCUCCUCCCAUUAUCGGCUUCUCCCCGUCGGCCGACCUCGCAACAACGCCGCGUCGGCGGCGAGCCUCGUGCGGCACCACCGGGGACGACCCACCGAGGCAUGCGGGCUUCGAAGGGAUCUGGGCGGCGGCGAGCUGCAGGCGGCGGGCGGAAGCUCAUCCUGAUGGCGGACGAGGCGGCCGCGGCGAGCUCGAUUCAAGCGGCGGCGGCGCUGGCCUCCCUCCACCUCCCUCCUCCAGCACUGCCAGAAACUGACAACCAAGAUGGGAACUAUUUCGGGCGAGGGGCGCGGAUAAAGCGUAAGGCGAAGCGGAAGUGGGGCUUCCUUGGCAGCGAUGCUGGCGCGGUGGAGACUAAGAAUCGCCGGUCGGCCAUGAGGGGAGGAUUUGGAUCCCUGGAUGAAGUAUUACAUGGUGAAGUGGGCAUCAGGAGUCGUUUCAGUGCUGGGAGGAUUCGAGAGAUCAUGCGUGGUCUGACACCCCGGCAGCAGGGGUAUGUCGCAAAGUAUGGAUUCGAGCAUUUCAAUCGUAUCGGGGCAUUCUCUGUCCAUGAGCCGCUGACCGAGUGGAUCAUGGGAAAAAUUAACCCUCCGUUCUCUGAGUUCAGAAUUAAUGCGGACAAGACAAUAGUUUUCACCAAGCCCCUUGUUCAGAAAAUUUUAGGUGUACCUACAGGGGGAAGACCCUUUGUACUGCAUGGGCAGAAGUCGGACAAAAUCAAAGAACUACGAGAUCUGUACUUAAAUUACGGACUAAGGGCGACCAUCCCACAUUGCGUCAGUUUGCUUAAGAACAACGAGGACGAGGAGUCCUUCAUGAGGACAUUCCUACUUAUUGCACUUGCGGCAGUCCUCACCCCCACCACUGGGAAUACAAUAGACCUUGACUACCUGUGGGCCUUUGAAGACAUGUCAAAGGUGCAGGACCUGGAUUGGGCUGGCCAUAUCACCGAGCAUCUGAUGGAUGAGGUUCAGAAAUUUCAGUACAAGGCUAGGGAGGAAAAGAUGAGAGACAUCUGGGUUGGUGGGUGCUUGCCUUUGCUCACGAUUGCUUACAUGGAUCACCUGGAUCUCCCUAGAGGGCGAAUUGUAGACCGUGAAAUUAACUACUCGUUGCCUAGGAUCUGCCAUGUUUCUAAGGACGAUUUCCAAUUUGCCGCGAUUGCCGACCUGCAUCGUCAACAUUUCAACUUUGCCACAUUCGGGAUACUUCCUUUCCGUGAUAGAACACCGUACACUGAUAAUCCAGUAACUGAGACAGAGGUAGCAGAAGAUGCUCCUAAUAUUGUGUCGAAGGAUCAAGCCUUAUCAGGGCAAUGGGAGCUUAUUGAAGUUCAUGACGAAAAAAUAGAUGAAUUUGUAAAAGAAGCUCAACCUGAAAUCCUUGGGUUUGCGGAAGCGAGCUUCGAUCAUUCCCCUUUUGGACGAACUGACAUUGGCUCAAAUCAAGGAACUAAAAAAGCUGCGAGGUGUGAAAGGGGCAGUUCUAGCCAUUGUAAGAAUACUGCAAAGGUGGCUGUGACACCCUGUUCAUCUGAGAAAUCAGAAGAAGACAAUGCUCGUGAAUACGAAUCUUCUGAGUCAGAUGAUCAUCCGACACCUCCAGAAGCUGAUUAUGUGGUUAUAUUCAGGAGUUGUCUAUCUGGACCACAAAUGGAGAGAGUAAAUACGCUUAUCCAAGAAAUUAAACCUGAAACUACCGUAUUUGUGGCUACCAUGAGGAAGUGUGAUGUUCAACUACCUAGUCCUCUUCUGAUCAUUUCAAAGGAACAGGCGUUAGCUGCAGCUGCACACUUUCCACAUGAAAAUGGGGUUGUCACACUUGAGAUGCCGGGCAAGGACGAGAAGUGGCGUCCGAGAUUCUUCAUAGAAAAAGACAUGUGCAUGCUUGCGGGUAACUGGUUGGACUUUGUAUGCGACAACCAUGUGCAGGCUGGUGACAUCUGCAUCUUUGUACCGGUUAAGGGUGGGGAAAGGUACACAUUCACGGUCCAUGUAGUCCGUGCAGAAGCUACUCAUCAUAGGGGUGUUAAAAGGAUUCGCUCAACCCAUGAUUCUCCCGUUAGUGGGAAAGGAAUGGCAAAUCCAGAUGUCAUUUAGAAAUGGCAAACGAUGGAUGCACUCGUACAUGGUUGGAAGCAAGUUUGUCCACGGCAAUGAUCUGUAUUCUGGGGACAUGUACCAUGCUUGUCCCAUAUCAUUUCCAGAGAUCGGCUCUGGCUUCUAGCGGGGCAGAAUGAUGCUGCUAGCACCUGCGUGCUCUUUCUGGUUGUACUACCAUGGUUGUCUGGUUGUACUCCUAUAUAUCCAUCCUGAAAGGAGCUGCUAAGUUGAAAUGAGCCAUGUUGAGACUUUGUUCGUUUCGCAGGAUGAAUAUUGCAAGUUCAUUUU